CAUUAUAUAAUCCAUGCGCAGAACAUCGAUAUCUUCCUGCAUUUCAACCAAUCAGUUGGUGGCGAUGUAACCAGCUUGGUUUGGUGACGCUUUCAGUCCUGCUAGUAAGCAGGGUGAUGUCAGUGUGGGUACCACUCGGAUACUUGGAUACUGGAAAAGCGCCAGUUCACGGUACAGCUCAGAUACAACUCGGUUCUCGGUGGCAGUGGAAAAGCAUCAUUUGUGUUGUUAACCUACCCAGAGUUCCUCAGUCCUGUAUUUCAGUCCAUUUUAGUUCUUUAUUAAGUAGGUUUGAUGACUGAAUGAGUCACAAUAAAACCAGGCCAUAUGAGUAACAACGCAUCCUCGUUUUCCAUUAUUUGUGGCUCCAAAAUAAAACAUUUAGAGACUGCUUCACUCCUGCUGCCCGAGGUGUGAGUGCACAGGCCCUUUGUAACUCCUCCCCAGUUAUUCUGAAUACUUCCGCAGAGCUACCCACACUGAAUACCAAGGAAAGGCCCCAUGCAAGCUCACGAUUUAAGGAUAUUGGCUGUAAUUUCAUAACAUUAUUUGACCAAAAAGGAGACAAUAGACCUGACUAAUUUAGUCCAGAAUUAGAGCCUAAAAUGGUUGUUGGGGUAUCGAAAUAUGCGGCUGCAUAAAUAAGGCAAUAUCAGGCUCCAUUGCUAAGCAGAAAUAUCUCUGCGGUGGGAAAAUUGACAGGAAACAUUUAAACUUGAUAUACAAGGAUGGCUCUCUGUCAGAGGACUGUAGCUAUUGAACUUUGACAUUAAAAGGCGUGACUCCGCAGUGCCGUAACGUGUUUCCGACUGGCAGCUGCUCACCGGUUUUACCUGGAUCUGCAAGUAGAGCUUCUCUGUUCUCAAGGUCAUUGCAGAAACAUCCAGGAUGGUGUGAUGAGACAGGGAUUCCCGACACACAUUUCACGUUCCCGUGUCUGACUGAUGAAAGAGCUCCACAUUACGGAUAAUCUUCCAACCACUUACCCAUUACAGAGACCCAGAGAGCUGGGGGCACUGGGAGCGAGGCAAGGACACCCCGGAUGGGAUUCCUGUCCAUCGCAGGGCAAAUGCACACAGCUGUAGGCAGUUAUGCCGUAUAAACCGAUGUGCACGAGACACGCUAUGCUGACACACUGUGACUUUCACUGCCCCCCGAGGGUUGACAAAGCACCUUCAGAGCGAACAUGGAGGCUCUGGGAGUCCCCUUCACACUCCAAGGCCGCUCCCCCUCUCCGUCGGCACUCGUACUCCGCCCUUGACGACUGUGUCCUGAGACUGGAGCCCCACGGAACCGGCCACGGCAGUGUGAGCAGUAAUCCGUCACAGCAGCACGGCUCCCACACGACAUCAGCCGUGACGUCACGCGUCUCACUCCGGCAGCAGCUGAUGCGGGAGCAGCUGCGGGAACAGGAGCGGCGAGAGCAGCAGCGCGCCUCACGUUACCUGCAGCGGCAGCCGCGCAGCAUCCCCAGCGCCCAGACGCCUGCCAUCGACGUCAGCGCCGCACCUGGCCUGCCAGCCGGCGCCCAGGUACCCAUGGAGGUGCUGAAGAGCAGCUGCCCCCGGGACCGAAAGGGCCACGCGUUCUGGCUGAGCCGCCCCGCUCGGAGUUUCGGCGUUCCGAUCUUUCAGCACAGGCGUUUUGCCAGCCGCUCCGGAGCCGACAUGGAUGAUGUAAUUGACGACAUAAUUAGCUUGGAAUCAACUUACAAUGAGGACCUUCUCGGACUGAUGGACCCGGCUCUCCAAAUGACCAAUACGCUUCCGUUGUCUGCUAACCUCCUGGAUGUCUACAGUGGUCAAGCACUGCCCCCACACUCCCUCCCCGUCAGUAACUCUUGCCCGGCUAAUUUGCCCAACAUCAAAAGGGAAUUCUCAGCUCCAGGCACGAUGCACCUACUGGACAAGCCUGGAACCUGGGGCAGCUAUGAAAUAUCAGAUGGCUUUCCAGUGGAGGCCGAGGUGAGAGCUCUCGCCAAGGAGAGACAGAAGAAGGACAAUCACAACUUAAUUGAAAGAAGAAGAAGAUUCAACAUAAAUGAUCGAAUCAAAGAGCUGGGAACUUUAAUUCCAAAAUCGAACGAUCCGGAUAUGAGGUGGAACAAAGGCACCAUCCUCAAGGCGUCCGUGGAUUACAUCCGGAAGCUGCAGAGGGAGCAGCAGCGGGCCAAGGACCUCGAGAAUCGUCAGAAGAGGCUGGAACACGCCAACAGACACCUGAUGCUGCGGAUCCAGGAGCUGGAGAUGCAGGCCCGCGCUCAUGGCCUGGCACUGGUGUCCCCAACGGCCCUCUGCCCCUCAGAACUUGCAGGGCGAGUCAUCAAGCAGGAGCCAGUCCUGGGAGACUGCCUUCGGGACCCGUACCCCCACCCCCACCACGCGUCGGACAUGUCCCGGCCCACCACACUGGACCUCACCGACGGCACCAUCACCUACAGCGAUGGCCACGGCGAGCCGGGCGAGUCAGCACCCUACACCCGUCCUACCAAAGGGGCCUCCAAGCUGGACGACAUCCUGAUGGACGGCAGCCUGUCGCCGGUCAGGGCGGGUGACCCCCUGCUCUCCUCCUCCUCCCCUGGGGCAUCUAAUGAGAGCAGCCGGAGGAGCAGCGUGAGCAUGGAGGAGAAUUAGCAUGCUUGCUAGCGCCACCUUGUGGCGGGCUGACUCUCUGCACACAGCAGAUCAGAAGUGCUUCCUGCGAAAGGUAAGGUAGAUGGAGGGACUGCUUUUCCUUUUCUCACAGAUGAAAUAUGCUUGUUCUCUUUUUUUAGUUUUUUUUAUGAAUUAAUUAAAGUUUUAGUUUGGUUUACUUCCUGCUAGGACGUUAUUUGGCAGUGCAACGAAUCAGGCUAAAUUACAGUCAGUGUUUAAGAAAGGAUUGUUUUGAGUUAACUUUAUUGAUCUUUGUUUGUGGUAUCACACGUUACGUAGCUGCGUUAAAUGAGCAGGGGUGAACGUGGCAAAGAGGGAUUUAUAAACAUCUGCUGAAUAUUUUGCUAGGCAAUACAGAUCAGUGACCCUACAGAGUCUGAUCCAUUGUAUUCAACGGCAAUAACUGAAAAAUUGACAUCUCUUGAAAAUUGGUGGUUUUUGCCAUCAGUAUCUGCUGACACAUGAUCUGUAUUAAUGAAUUAAUUGAUACCAGAAUCGUGGUCCUUUUCCGAAUGCCUUAAAACAUGGUAAUGCUGCCCUUUUCUAACAUCUAUGAAUGAUUUUAUUUACCGUUUAAUUUUCUUUUAAUGGUACCUAAUGCAAUGUUGGAGUUUUUCAGGUAAAAAAAAAUAUCCAUUGUGUUUCUUUCUUUAUUCUGAAACAAAGUUACUGUCAGUCCUAAAGCAGAGUGUGUAAAAAUGUCUGGGAAACAUAUUCUGCACUUUACAUGGAUUCUGAUUCCUCAUAAGCCAAGUUGCUGGGCUAUAGCCCAUUUUCCCUCUGAAAUUGUGUAUUUAAAAUGAGAUCUUUAUUUGCAUAUCUAAAUAUCAAGAUAGAAUUACCAAAAGAUUCACAGGCAUAUAUGCAGCCCUGACACUAUUGAGCACACAAAUAAGCACACUUAGGAGCACCCUAACGAGCACACUUACGAGAACACUUAGGAGCAGCCUAACGAGCACACUUACGAGAACACUUGAGAGCAGCCUAACGAGCACACUUACGAGAACACUUGGGAGCAGCCUAACGAGCACACUUACGAGAACACUGGGGAGCACCCUAACCAGCACACUUACAAGAACACUUGGGAGCAGCCUAAUGAGCACACUUACAAGAACACUUGGGAGCAGCCUAAUGAGCACACUUACAAGAACACUUGGGAGCAGCCUAACGAGCACACUUACAAGAACACUUUGGAGCAGCCUAAUGAGCACACUUACAAGAACACUUGGGAGCAGCCUAAUGAGCACACUUACAAGAACACUUGGGAGCAGCCUAACGAGCACACUUACAAGAACACUUGGGAGCAGCCUAACAAGCACACUUACAAGCAGACUAACAAGCACAGUAAUGCCUGUGAUUUACAUUAUGCACAGCGGUGUGCACCCACAUUGGGUCCCUUGAAGCCGGUGUGUAGUCACUGCGUUUUGCUGCUUGUGGGUGCAGUAAUGCAUACUUAAUGCUGAUAUAUGCAAGCGCAUGGUAAAGUGAAUUGGAGGUGGCCAGAUAUGUGUGUAUAAAACAGUAUGUUAUCUACAGGAAUGUCCAAGAAAAUGGUUGUCACUCAUUUUAAAAAGAUACAUUUUAAAUUCCAUACAUUCAUAUAUUCAUGCAUUAAUUUAAUUUUAAAUGAAUUUGCACAGAUAAUAUACUAUAGGUGGCAGCACUGUGAGCUCACACCUCCAGGGCAGUGGGUUGGAGCCCCGGCUCUGUGCUCGUACAGUUCACUCGUUCUCUCCAGGGUACAUGGGUUUCUGCCUAUGUGUCUACUUGCCCGUAGUGUGUGUUUGGACUGACGCAGAUUUCUUGAAAGUGUCCUGACAGUUCCUGCAGUAAUCCAGCCCCCAGAUGCCACAGAUUCCCCUGAGAAAUGGGUGUAUUUAUUUGGUGCUUCUGCUCCAAACAUUAUAAUGGUUUCUGUUCCACAAUCCUUUGAUCUGCAUGUUCCACUGUACUGGUUACCAUGCUGUAACUUUGUAUUUAAGUUUUAUUUUUUCAACUGUAUGAAUAUUUAUAUUAACAUGACAUAUAGGGUCAGGGUAUGGUGUUUAACAGGGUUUUUGGUUGCUUGAAGAAACUAUGAAGGAUAUUUAAUGUGAACUGGACACAUUGACAAAAGCAUUUUGAAUAUUUUAACAAUAUCCGGUGUAUCCACCAACAUAGCGUCUUAUGAUUGACUAGUAGUUAAUUAAAAAAAAGCUUUACUGUUACACUUCUAGUGUUUAACCCUGUGCAACUGUAGCAAAGUACUCUGGCGUACUGUACUUAGAAUUGCGCCUCUAUGACCGUAGCAUCGAGUAUCUGAAAUGAAACCUAGAUCUGUAUUGAGGCUUUUGGGAAGAAGACUUCUCUAGAUAAGUAUUAUGUAAUAUGUGUAAGUGUUACAGUCUCAGUGCAUUGCCUACUGUAUAAAAGUGUAGAUCUAUGCAAUUACGGUACUCUGUUUGUAAAUAGUACUCAUGCCUGUGUUUUACAUGAAGGAAGCCACACUGCAGUCAGUUCCUAGUUUAAUGAAGUUGUAACGAAACAGAAGGAGUUGAGAAUGAGGUGCCUUACAUUUCAGGAACUGAUCUUUUUAUUUUUUUUUUAAUCUGUACUGAUGGAAGUAUGUAAGCAGAUCUUCCCCUAGCGGGUUUUGGAAGUUGGUUGCAGUGUCUUUACCGAGUCGUGUUGUGUUUUUUGGUAAAAGCCAAAAUGCUGUCUGAUUCUAUGGGAAGAGGACCGCCGGUCUUCCAGGAAUAAAAACAUGCAUUUUCCGUAUGUGAUUUCUGAAAUGCACCCCCAACCCCCCCCCCCCACUUGAAGGCGGGGCUCUUCGUAGCGGGGCCCCUCCCAGAUGCACACCCCAGGGGCCUUGCGGACUACGCAACAGUAGCACUUUCCCAAGGUAAAUAUAGCCUUAAUGCUGUUGCCAUUAAAACACCCACCUCCUUUUCCAAGUCCGGUCUGUUUUUUUCCGCGAACGCCAAAAUGUUGCCAAAACGUCGCCAAAACGUCGUUGCCAAAAUCCAUGCAAAAGCCCCCAGCUGAUUGUUUUAUUAUAUACUAUGCACCCUGGUUGUUCCUUUCCAUUGACUUUUAUUAGUGAUUUUUAAUUUUUUUGAGUUUUCGAAGUUCCAGCAAUCUGAGGCCAUUGGUCAAGCAACAAGCAAUGUGUCUUUCCAGGGGUUUGCCCCCCCUUCCCCACUUCUCUCCCCCUCAAAACCAGCAAUGCACUGGAGGGAGGUGUCACCGCUCAGAGCCAGCACCGCUUGCCUCUGAUCGCCAGGUGGCGCUCUCGCACUGUCUCUGCUGAGACGCUCUGUACUGUAAAGUUGAUAGCCCGCUGGGAUCACCCGCGCUGGUAUAUCGCUCACCAUCCCUACCUUAAUGUGUGAUCAUGAGGCUGAACGUGGUGAUGUUGUCAUGAUAUAUGAAAAAUAAAGUACAUGGUCUUCAAAUGUG